AUGUUCGCCGCCAGACUCGCCCCCGCCCUCAGGGCCCUCCCCCGACAAGCCUCGGCCGUAAGAAUCGCCCGCCGUGGCUAUGCUGAGGCUGCCGCCGACGGCAAGCUCUCCUUGAGCUUGGUCCUCCCCCACCAGUCCCUUUACUCUGCUACUGGUGUCACCCAGGUCAACAUCCCUGCCGCUACCGGUGACAUGGGUAUCCUCGCCAACCACGUCCCCUCCGUCGAGGCUCUCCGGGCCGGUGUCAUUGAGGUCAUUGAGGAGAACGGCCAGCCCAGCAAGAAGUGGUAUGUCUCUGCUGGUUUCGCCACUGUCCACGCCAAUAACACCCUCUCCGUCAACGCCGUUGAGGCUUACUCCCUCGACAAGUUCUCCCCUGAGAACAUCAAGGCUGCCCUCACCGACGCCAACCGAGUCCUUGGCUCCAACGCCCCCGAAUCCGAGAAGGCUGAGGCUAGGAUCGAGGUCGAGGUCUUUGAGGGUCUCCAGGCUGCUCUCGCCAAGUAA